AUGGUUUAUGCGCUAGAUGGGACUGAGCCCUCUGCCAUACAACAGGAGAGUUGUCUCACGUCAGCCAAUGUUGGAGACACAGUGGUUCUGCACUGCCUCUAUAAAAGCGACAUGGCCAUGCAUUUCUCCUGGUACAAGCAACCCUUCGGAGAAAAACCUCAUCUCAUCUCAACCAUCUAUAAGUAUGACAAAGGUGCUACAUUUUACCAUGAGUUUAAGGAUAACCCUCGCUUCUCAGUGCAAAGCAGCAAAGGAAUAAAUCACCUCAGCAUUUCAGACUUGAAAAGCUCGGAUUCAGCCACGUACUACUGUGGAAGCGCACACUCAAAUGUGGUGGAAUUUGGAAAAGGAACCAUUCUCAAUGUAAAAGAGUUCAACAGUAAGACUGUGCUCCAGCAGUCUGUAUCUGAGUCAGUCCAGCAAGGAGACUCUGUGACUCUGAACUGUACAAUACACACUGAGACCUGUGCAGGAGGACACAGUGUCUAUUGGUUCAGACAUGGCUCAGGAGAAUCCCAUCCAGGAAUCAUUUACACCCAUGGAGACAGGCAUGAUCAGUGUGAGAAGAGCUCUGAGGCUGGGUCUCCUACACAGAGCUGUGUCUACAACCUCCCCAAGAAGAACCUCAACCUCUCUGAUGCUGGGACUUACUACUGUGCUGUGGCCUCAUGUGGGGAAAUACUGUUUGGAGACGGGACCAAGCUGUACAUUCAUGAUCUGACCCCUGUUGUGUCGGUCUCUCCUCCUUCCUCAGUGGUGGUCCAUCCUGGAGAUAAUGUCACUUUGCAGUGCACCAAUGUCACUGGAUCUCCAGGACACGUUGGCUGGUUCAAGCAAGUCAACGACUCAGAGCCCCUAUGCAUCGCGUCUAUGUACAGCUCUGAGUUACCUGUCCAGCAUCACAAUGGUUUUCAGCCCAGCCAUAUGGAAAUGUUUGUCAGCCAUAUAAUAAUCUUCCUCAAAAUCACAGAGUUGGAUGUAGCUGAUUCUGGUCUUUACUUCUGUGGAAUGUUCGAUAAAUACGUCAUUUUCACCAAUGCAACUCUCCUGAAGGUCCAAGGAAUGUACCCCAUUCCACUGGUUUUGAUCCUGGGUGUUGUGACUGCGGCACUGCCUAUAGUAAUCCUCAUCCUGGUCCUCAAGAUUAGACGAGACACAAACAGACACAACACAGAUGAUGAUGAAGAUGAUCAGACAGCAGAUAACUCCAGUUCUUAUGAUGGAGAGAAGGACAAGGAGUGA